AUGGGGUACAAACAGGAGCUGCGACGACAGUAUACUACAACACAGGUGUUUGCUAUUGCAUUUAGUAUUAUGGGUUUGGUCCCGUCUAUUGCGUCUACACUCUCGUUCUCUCUACCAGCAGGUCCGGUUGGAAUGGUUUGGGGAUGGUUUACAGCUAGCAUAUUUAUUUUCAUAGUGGGGCUUGCAAUGGCCGAUCUUGCAUCCGCAAUGCCAACUGCGGGUGGCUUGUACUGGUGGACGCAUUACUUUGCUGGUCCGAGAUACAAAAGACCCUUGAGCUUCUUGAUCGGGUAUAGCAACACUCUCGGCCUGAUUGGUGGCAUGUGCUCAGUCGACUAUACACUCGCGCUGAUGAUUCUGUCCUGUGUCGGCAUAGCGAGAGGAGACGGCUGGUCCGCUUCACGUGGUGUUAUCUAUGCAGUAUAUGUCGGCUUGAUUCUAUUGCACGGCCUGUCAGGAGCUCUAUCCGGCAGGCUAAUGCCCAAGAUUCAAACACUCUGCAUAUACCUUAACCUGGGCCUGGUCGUUGCAACCGCUAUCGCAUUACCAAUAGGAAGGAUCUCGCGAGGUGGACUCAACUCCGGAAGCUAUGUCUUUGGCCGUGUCGAUAAUGAAACGGAGUGGCCGACCGGCUGGGCGUUCAUGUUGGCGUGGCUUUCUCCAAUAUGGUCAAUUGGGUCGUUUGACUCGUGCGUCCAUAUGAGUGAAGAGGCUAUGCAUGCUGCGAGGGCUGUACCUUUGGGUAUCAUCUGCUCUGCUGGUUCUGCUACUAUUCUUGGCUUCUUAGUGUUGUCUGUUUUGGCUGCUACUAUGAAUCCAGAUGUGGCGCAGACGUUAGAUAGCAAGUUUGGGCAGCCGAUGGCGCAGAUAUAUUAUGAUGCGCUAGGAUCAAAUGGUGCACUAGGAUUCAUGAUCGUCCUCUGCAUUGCUCAAUAUCUAAUUGGUCUCAGCCUAAUCGUGGCCGCCUCCCGCCAGGCCUGGGCCUUUUCGAGAGAUGGAGCUUUUCCUCUGUCUAACUUCUUCAAGCACGUCAGCACUCGUAUCCAAUUUCAGCCCGUUCGCAUGGUAUGCGGUAUAGUCUUAGCAUCAAUAAUCCUAGGUCUCCUCUGCCUAAUCAACACAGCAGCCGCCAACGCCCUCUUCUCCCUCUUCGUUGCCAGCAACUACGUAUCCUGGGGCACGCCCAUAUUCUGCCGCCUAGCUUGGGGAGGCGAUCGUUUCCGACCCGGCGAGUUCUAUACAGGUCGAUUCAGCAAACCUAUUGCAUGUGUCGCGUGUGUUUAUCUGCUUUUCGGUGUCUUUUUGUCUAUGUUUCCGACUACAGGACCGAAUCCUGCUCCGGAUGAUAUGAAUUAUACCAUUGUUAUCAAUGGAUUUGUUUGGAUUGCUUGUAUGGCUUAUUACUUCUGUUUUGCUAGAAGAUGGUAUACUGGGCCGCGUAUGACGGCGGAUGAAGAUCCGUCUGGGUCUGAUAUUGCUUUGUAUAUGCAAAACACAGCAGAUGGCAAGGAGAAAUAA